AUCCUCGUCACAUCACAUAGUUUGGUCGUUUAUGGUGUCCUAAAGUCCUACAUUUCUGGGGAGACUUUUAACAGUGUCCAUCUGAGGGGGAAAUUUAGGAUUGUCCGGAGCACGACAGCAGACAACAGUCACCAUGGAAAAACCCGGAGCACAUCGUUUCCAAGUCAUCGUUUUCUUCCUCACCAUUUCUUCAUCGUUUGGAUUUUACCUCAUAACUGAUUAUUAUAUGGACCCUGAUUUGUCAAGUUCUUUAGGGGGAGUUUGCAAUAAAAGGGUAGAAGAUGCUUGUGCCUUUUUAAACAGUCAUUUGGAUCCAUUUGGUCUAGUAGAUUAUGGUGGAAAUGUUGACUGCACCAUGGUCUUUGAUGCUGGAAAAAUGGCUGGUGCCAAAUUCAAAUUUGAUUGGCUGUACUUUAAUUUGGAAGGAGGAGAUUGUUCAAAGGACUACUUAGCUAUCUACGAUGCUGAUAUGUCAGCUAUUGCGCCAUCAAACCUCGUAGGGAAAUUCUGUGGGCUCAAUGGCGUCAGCUUCAAUGGUACUCCAACGGAUCGCUACAUGACUUUUGUUUUUCACACCGACGGAUCCGGUGCCAAAAGUGGUUUCCGGCUAAAAGCGACUCGUUACGAACCAUCCCCAUGUCAGUCAGAAGAAUUUUUCUGUAACGACACCAUUGCUAACAACAUUUGUAUCGACGAACGUCUCACAUGCGACGGAACACAGCACUGCAGCGACAACUCAGACGAACUCAACUGCUCUUUUAUGGAGGAGUUGCUGGGAUCAUUCUUUGCCCUGGGGUUAGGGGGCAUGAUUAUGUGUGGUGUAGCAUGUAUUGCGGGUUGUGUAGGGUUAUGGACAGUAGUAGGAGCUCUUACAUGCUGCAAAAAAUGCUGUACCAAAUGCUGCUGUUGUUGGCCAUGCUGCAAGAAGUGUAAAGGUGGAAACUCCAAAGUUGAACCAAACACAGAAAUGGAUGAAUAUGACCCUGAAAUGUCCCCUCCACCCACUUACCGGGAGGGCACCAAACUUGAGGAGGAUAUUGAGUGGGACGAUGUUGAGGAUGACAUGAAUAAAGAGAACUCUGCCGGAAUAGGAAAAGACGCCAAAACUAACCUAGCCGACGUGGAAUAA